UGAGAUUGAGAUAUUUUGAGAUCACUUUCGAUCGAUUUCUAUCGUCCUCGUCCGACUUGACCUCGGCCUGAUCGACUUUUUGCGUGAUUUCGUCAUCAGCUUUCGCGAGACCCGAGUUGAACAGCUCGAAUGAUACACUUCGACAUUCUGAUACCCGUUUUGUUCGUAGAUACCGUCCGUACCUCAUAGUGAAUCGCUAGUUCGACCCUAGGAGUCUGACCCUCAUCGCUAGAAGAUCUCGUAUCCCGUGAACCGCAAGCGGAAACGGUCCAGGAUGACCGAUUUGAACUCUUCACGACCUGUUGAGGAUGACCGACAUGUCCCGUUCAGUAUCCUCGAUACCGAUCUCUACAAACUGACGAUGCAACAAGCCGUCUUCCAACAAUUCCACAAUUCCACCUCUGAAUACCGGUUCACGAACCGCUCGCCGGAGAUGUUGUUCAGUAGGAAGACUUUCCAGUGGGUGAAGGUACAGGUCGGAUACUUGAAGAACCUACACUUAACAACCCCCGAACGGGAAUACCUCCACCAAACAUGUCCCUACUUCCAACCCGCUUACCUGGACUAUCUGGAGAACCUGCGGUUACACCCUGAUGAACAGGUUACCGUGGAUUUUGUCCUCAAAAAGCGGGCGGAUCGAGCGCAAGAUGGGGAUGGAGCUGGGGAGGAAGGUGGUGGUAAUCAGGAUCAGGCAGAUGAAGAGGACUUGGGAUUGAUUGAACUGGGCGUGAAGGGGUUGUGGAGGGAGUGUAUAUUAUAUGAGGUCCCGUUGAUGGCCAUCCUCUCCGAAGGAUACUUCCUCCACACAGUCCCACACCAAUGGCACUCCUCCCCCGUUCAAACCCGCGAGCUGGCAUCGACAAAAGCUUACCGGCUCCUCUCCGGAUCAUCCGGUAACCUCGCCUUUAGCGAGUUCGGCACAAGACGAAGAAGGAGUUACGAAGUGCAGAAAGAAGUUGUUGAGGGACUGAGGGAGGGGGAGGAGAGGUAUUGGAAUGAAGUUGGAGGACGAGGGGGGAAGAAAGGGGGGUUGGUCGGGACUAGCAAUGUCCACUUCGCGAUGAUGUUCGGCAUGAAACCGGUCGGUACGAUCGCACACGAAUGGAUCAUGGCCGUAGGUGCCAAGCAGGAUUACGUAGAUCCGAAUGGGACGGCUAUGGAUCUGUGGGAGAAGGUCUAUCCGGCAUCAGCGGCAUCUCCAUUACAUACGAUGUUGACGGACACUUACACCGUAGACGUCUUCUUCCGUGAAUUUCUCUCUGACCCCGACCGAGCUUCUCGAUGGAACGCCCUUCGACACGAUAGCGGGGAUCCUAUAGAUUUCGCUAGGCAGGCGAGGAAGACCUGGGAUGAGAUUGCUAGAAAGAGGGGCGAGGAGGAUCAGAUGGGGAAAGUGGGGAGGGUUAUUUUUAGUGAUGGACUGGACGUCGACGAGGCGCUGAGGAUAUGGAAGGAGUGCGAGAAAAUUGGUAUCAACGCCUCUUUCGGAAUCGGAACACACCUGACCAACGACUUCCAUAUGAUCGACGACCCGAACACCAAGUCGAAACCGCUCAACAUGGUCAUCAAGCUACGAAAGAUGGACGGAAUGGAAUGUGUCAAGCUGAGCGAUGACCGGGGGAAAUGGACAGGAGAUAAGGGGGAGGUACAACGGUGUAGAAGGAUCUUAGGAUUAGCUGGCGAUGAGUUGGAGGGUGGGCAGGAAGCGCCGGGAAUGACGUGAAACGCGCGAUCUGGAGUCGCAUCGCGAGUGAGCGCGCGAGUAUUCGAAUAGAUAUCUUCCAAAUGGCAUUAUCCUCGACUCUG